AUGCCGGCGCUCAGGCGUGCGCGGGACAUCUUCUUCCCCGAGCCGCGGCCGUUCAAGGGCCUGCCCGGGCGCGAUCCCUACGCGUCCGUCUUCUCGACCGCGCCGCAGCUCAUGGAGCGAUACAACAAACGGGAACAGCUCUACGGCCGCUUCAUCGAUCCGGAUCCACGCAACAAAGUGGACGUGAAGCUGCUGAGAAUGCACUUCGACAACUUUCCCUCGCGCCUGUCCGGCCGACCAACUCCAGCCCCGCCGACGCAGACGCAGGCGGCACAGCCCCCCAACAACAAGAAACGAAAGACAGUUGGCGCCACCAAGAAAGAGGAGGAAGGCCAAGACGGCGGCGGCGAGCAUGACAAGGAGAAUCCCGAAGAAGAGUUGGACAAGCCACAGAAGCGGAAGCGAAGGCUCGCCAAGGAGAUCAACCGGAAGUUCGCCUGCCCGUUCCCGCGCUGUGACAAGGCCUACGGCACCCAGGGCGCCCUGGACCAGCACAUGCGCAAGAAGCACGCCGAUGCUCGACUGCACAUGCCCGCCCUACAGCCCAUUCUGCAAAACCCGCUCCACCCCAUGCCGUUCCGUGACUGGGUCGCUCGCAACGCCCGCCCCGUCGCCUUCGCCUUCGCUAUCGCCCUCGACUUCAUCUUCUUUUUCUUCGUCUUCGUCUUCGUUCUUGUCGUCAUCAAGCCCGACCUCGCCUUUCCCGUCGACACCAACGCCGCCUCGUCCAGCACGUUGGGAACGGGCAACUCUGCCAAGGCGCCCGCGGGGCUGGUCGGCAAGUACGCGCCCGAGCGCUUCGUGGGGACGCAACAGCAGCAGCAGCAACUGCCGCCACCGCCAGAGCCUCUGCCGCCACCGCCGCCACUCCUUGCCACUCCGCCUGCCAUUACCAACACCACCAGCACCAUCGUACAAGGGGACCCCAUGUACUUGGAUCGUCAGUGA